AUGGACGGCCCCGAUCAGAUUGGUCCCGAUCUCUCGCCCAAGCGCACCUACAGCGACAAACUACGAAGCUUCGUGAGAACUUUUACCACUCGCGAUGGUCUCAUCGGCGACUACGACUAUGCCUUCCUUUUCACACCCAAGUUACCCUUCACCAACCAAGUUCGGAAAUCCGCGCCGUUUUUCGGUCUCGAUGAUCGCGUCCCCAUCCUUCUCGCUUUGAUCCUCGGAUUGCAACAUGCGCUCGCCAUGUUGGCUGGUGUCAUUUCACCACCAAUUAUGCUCGGUGGCACGUCUGGUGUCAACUUUGGAACAGAGGACUACCAGUACCUCGUCUCAACCUCUUUGAUCGUUUCGGGCAUUCUCAGCGCCAUCCAGAUGACGCGCUUUCACAUCUACGGCACAAAAUACUACAUUGGAACCGGAUUACUAUCGGUCGUCGGCACAUCUUUCGCCACAAUUACCGUUGCCUCGGGUGCAUUCACCCAAAUGUACGAAACAGGCUACUGUCCUACCUCUGCCGAUGGAACCAAACUUCCCUGCCCCAAGGGCUACGGUGCCCUCCUCGGAACGUCCUGUCUAUGCGCUCUUCUCGAAAUCGGUCUCUCCUUCAUGAGCAGUCGCCUCCUCGCCCGCAUCUUCCCCCCACUCGUCACUGGCCCAACUGUCCUCCUGAUCGGCGCCUCCCUGAUUCAGUCUGCCAUGGAGGACUGGGGUGGUGGUUCUGGCUGUGGACCGUCCCCACGCAGUAUGUGUCCCAGUGCUGAUGCUCCGCACGCGUUACUGUGGGGUAGCCCCCAAUUCAUUGGUCUAGGAUUCCUGGUCUUCGUAACCAUCAUUCUAUGCGAACGGUUCGGACCUCCAAUCCUGAAGUCCUGUGCCGUCGUCGUUGGUCUGCUGGUUGGUUCGAUCGUCGCUGCUGCAUGCAACUACUUUGAGUCCUCGGGUAUUGCUGAGGCGCCCGUCAUCUCAUUCGCUUGGGUCCACACUUUUCCGCUAUCGGUUUAUCCCCCACUCAUCCUGCCGCUGCUGGCGCUGUACAUUGUUAUCAUGAUGGAGUCUAUCGGUGAUAUUACCGCAACCUGCGAUGUAUCCCGUUUACAAGUUGAGGGCGCAAUGUUCGACUCCCGGAUCCAGGGUGGAGUUCUCGGUAACGGAAUUACCUGCGUUCUCGCUGGAUUGAUGACAAUUUCCCCGAUGUCUGUCUUCGCCCAGAACAAUGGUGUCAUCGCUCUCACCAAAUGCGCCAACCGCACUGCCGGUUACUGCUGCUGCUUCUUCCUGAUUGUCAUGGGUCUGUUCGCGAAGUUUGCCGCUGCCCUCGUGUCCAUUCCAAGCCCUGUCCUUGGUGGUAUGACAACUUUCCUAUUCAGCAGUGUCGCUAUCUCGGGUAUUCGCAUUAUUUCCCAGAUCGACUUCACCCGUCGCAACCGUUUCAUCCUGACUGCUAGCUUUGCACUCGGCAUGGGUAUCACGCUUGUUCCUUCGUGGUGGAGUUACUUCUUCACCUACUCGGGUGAUAACCGUGCUUUGGAGGGUCUGCUGAAUGCUGUUGACUUGGUGAUGACCAAUGGAUUCGCAGUCACUGCCAUUGUGGGUGUCAUUCUGAACCUGCUCCUUCCUGAUGAGCCAGACGAGGUUCCUGUUUUGGAGUCGGAGGAUGAGGUUGUUGAGCAGGCUGAGCCCACUGUGACAACUUCUGGCAAGUUGGAGCCUACAGCAUAA